ACUCGUUUAGGUUAGAAUCUGUGUCAUUUCUGAGGUAAUAACAAAAAUAUGUGAUCAAAUUUAGGAACCAUAAGAUAAAUGAUAAAGAAACGAAUCGAUUUUCUGAAUAAAGGAUAACAUUCAAAGAAAAAUAACCGACAAAAAUGGCAAAUACUGGGGUACUCCCCUUCGUUAGAGGAGUGGACUUCACUCGAAAUGACUUCAGUGUAAGUUCUACAAAUUUGGAACUACUAUUUAAAAUACUGUUGUCCUUUUAUUUUAAGGGCGAAAAGUUUCCUGAUGCGGUAAGUUCAAUGACUGGAGUGCAAUGGUUGAAGUUAGAUCGAACGAAUUUGAGCGAAAUUCCCAAAGAAAUGAGAAAUUUGAUGAAAUUGGAACAUCUGUCCCUCACCAGAAACAACUUAGAAAAGUUGUUUGGGGAACUAACUGAAUUAAAUUGUCUGCGAACACUAAAUUUGCGACACAAUAAAGUGAAAAGUUCAGGAAUACCUGCUGAGCUGUUUCAUUUGGAAGAAUUAAGUACCUUGGAUUUAAGUCACAACAACCUCAAAGAAGUACCUGAAGGCUUAGAUAAGGCUAAAUCAUUAUUAGUUUUAAAUUUGAGUCAUAACCAUAUCGAUUCAAUUCCAAACUCCCUUUUUAUCAACCUUACCGAUUUGUUGUUUCUGGACCUCAGUGACAACAACUUAGAGACUCUUCCACCCCAAACGAGGAGACUUGCAAAUUUACAGACUUUUGUUUUAAACAACAACCCUUUAUGCCAUUUCCAGUUAAGACAAUUGCCAUCGUUGUUGAAUUUAGAAACUUUACAUAUGAGAAACACACAGAGGAACUUGAACAACUUUCCUAGCAAUUUGGAAAAUCUGACCAAUUUAACUGAUAUAGAUUUAGCAGAAAACGCUUUGCCGAAAGUUCCCGAAGCUCUAUAUUCCUUGUCAAAUUUGAAAAGACUGAAUUUGAGCGAUAAUGAAAUAACUGAACUUUCGACAGCAAUGGAAUUUUGGCAAAAAUUGGAAACCUUAAAUUUAUCCCGUAAUAAAUUAGUUUCUCUACCAGCAUCUCUCUGCAAAUUGUUUGCUUUAAGGCGACUAUACGUAAAUGAUAACCAGUUAGAUUUUGAGGGAAUUCCUUCGGGUAUAGGAAAGCUCAGCAACUUGGAAGUGUUUUCUGCAUCCAAUAAUCAGCUUGAAAUGAUCCCAGAAGGUUUGUGCAGAUGCGGAUCUUUGAAAAAAAUGAACUUAAGCUCCAAUCGACUGAUAACUCUUCCUGACGCUAUUCAUCUCUUGACAGAUUUAGUAACUUUAGAUUUAAGGGACAAUCCCGAGUUGAUAAUGCCACCUAAACCUGUUGAAAUGACUAGAGGUGCUGGAAUCGAGUUUUAUAAUAUCGAUUUUUCUCUGCAAAAUCAGUUGCGUUUAGCUGGAGCUAAUGUACCAGUGCCAGCACCGGCACACAAUCCCAGCAAAGACCCAAUAGCAAGAAAAAUGCGAUUGAGAAGAGGAAGGAGAGAUCAUGAGGAGGCCGAUCAAGAUCAAGCGAAAAUACUAAAGGGUAUGAAAGCUAUUGCAAAAGAAAAAAAUAGAAGCAUCCAAGAAGACGCCAAAGCAGUGUCAUUAAAGCCAAAACGUUGGGAUGAAACUUUAGAAAAACCUCCUCUUGAUUACUCUGAGAUUUUUGAGGAAGAUGCUGGGCAGGUACCGGGUCUCACCAUUUGGGAAAUCGAAAAUUUCCUACCUAACAGAAUAGAUGAAGUGGCGUAUGGAAAAUUCUAUGAAGGCGACUGUUACAUCGUCCUCAAAACUACAUUAGAUGAAAAUCAGUCUUUGUCUUGGGAAAUUUACUUUUGGAUAGGAGAGAAAGCUUCAUUGGAUAAAAGAGCUUGCUCUGCAAUUCAUGCAGUUAAUUUAAGGAAUUACCUUGGAGCUCAAUGUCGAACUAUAAGGGAAGAACAAAGUGACGAAUCAGAAGAAUUUUUGGGACUUUUUGAUGCUCAGAUUACUUACAUUGAAGGCGGAAGAACAUGCAGUGGAUUCUUCACAGUCGAAGACAAUACCUUCGAUACCAGAUUUUACAGAGUUCACCCAUCAGGCCCAUCGAUUCACUUGGAACCCGUAGCAGUAUCUAUAGAUUCUCUUGACCCAUGCUUCGUUUUGAUUUUGGAUACGGGCAUGAAAAUUUAUCUCUGGAAUGGCAAAAGUGCCAAGAACACUCUAAAGUCUAAGGCGCGGUUGAUGUGUGAAAAAAUCAACAAGAACGAACGUAAAAACAAGGCAGAAAUCAUCAGCGAAACAACGGGUAAUGAAAGUAAAGAGUUUUGGAUGGGUCUGGGCCAACCUGAUGGGGAACGCCCAAAAGAACUUCCCAAGGAACACGUUGAUCCCAACUUUGUACCCAUACCACCACGGUUGUACCGAAUUCAGUUAGGAAUGGGAUAUUUGGAAUUGCCACAAGUCGAAGUGUCUCAUGGUAAAUUAGUCAAUACGCUAUUAAAUAGCAAAAAUGUGUACAUUUUAGACUGCUAUUUGGAUGUCUUUGUCUGGAUUGGUAAGAAGUCCACAAGGCUGGUUAACGCAGCCGCUGUCAAACUUUCUGAAGAGCUUUUUAAUAUGAUUGACAGACCAGAGUAUGCUUUAGUAACGAGAGUACGAGAAGGAACUGAAUCACAGAUUUUUAAAUCCAAAUUCGUGGGUUGGGACGAAGUGAUUGCCGUAGAUUUCACACGUACCGCAGAAUCUGUCCAAAAGACAGGUGCAGAUCUAACAAAAUGGGCGAAACAGCAAGAGACCAAAGCGGAUUUGACUGCUCUAUUUACUCCAAGACAGCCGUCGAUGCCUCUUAGCGAGGCUCAACAACUGAUGGAGGAAUGGAACGAAGACCUAGAGGCCAUGGAGGCACUUGUUUUAGAAGGCAAGAAGUUUGUACGGUUGCCUGAGGAAGAGUUAGGCACCUUCUACUCCAUGGACUGCUACGUGUUCCUGUGCCGUUAUUGGAUGCCCCAGGAGGACAUGGACGAUUCCGUCCCAGUGGACGAUACUGAUGAUUUCCAAUGGGUCUGCUACUUCUGGCAAGGCAGGGACGCCUCCAACAUGGGUUGGCUUACGUUCACUUUUACCUUACAGAAGAAGUUCAAGGCUCUGUUCCAAGAUAAGUUGGAAGUAGUUCGCACGUACCAGCAACAAGAAAACAUGAAGUUCAUGGCCCACUUCAAGAGAAAGUUUAUCAUUAAACAGGGAAAGAGGAAGCAGAAGGAAGAUACGAAGGCUGUAGAAUUUUACCAUUUGAGAUCGAAUGGUAGCGCACUUUAUACGAGGCUGGUGCAGAUCAGGCCCGACGCUUCAAUGCUUAAUUCAGCAUUCUGUUAUAUUUUGAACGUACCUUUCGAGCAAGAAGACGAUUCUGGCAUCGUAUAUGUCUGGAUCGGUUCAAAGUCAGACCCAGACGAAGCGAGAUUAAUUCAGGAAAUCGCUGAGGAUAUGUUCAACAGCCCUUGGGUAACCUUACAGGUAUUGUCUGAAGGAGAAGAGCCAGACAACUUCUUCUGGCUGGGAUUGAGUGGUAAAAAACCGUACGACAUAGACGCUACUUUCAUGGAAUACACAAGAUUGUUCAGGUGUUCCAACGAGAAGGGAUACUUCAUUGUGUCCGAGAAAUGCUCAGACUUCUGUCAGGAUGACUUGGCAGAUGACGAUAUCAUGAUCUUGGAUAACGGUGAGCAAAUAUUUUUGUGGUUGGGAGCAAAAUGCAGCGAAGUUGAAAUAAAACUGGCAUACAAAUCUGCACAGGUGUACAUCCAACACAUGAGAGCAAAACAGCCUGAUAGGCCUAGAAAGCUGUUUUUAACACUGAAGAAUAAGGAAUCGAGACGUUUUACUAAGUGUUUCCAUGGAUGGGGAGCACAUAAAAAGCCACCCGAGUAAAAAUAUAAAUAUGACUAAUAACAUUUUUUUUUAAAACGGUUUUCACAGUAUUACGAAAGGGUUUUUUACAAAAUAAAGCAUAAAUAUAUCUACAGCCUUUUUCAAGUAACUGAAAAUAAUUAUGCUUAAAAGAAAGCAAUACUUAACAGUUUUUGUACUUAUUUAUUAGCGCACAAUGUAAUAUAUGCCUAUAUUAUAUAAAUAAAAAGUAACAGCACAA